UUGCAAAAAAAGUGUCAAAUUUAAGUGAAGAGGAGCUAAGAAAGUCAAUUCCCAUAGGCCCCUCUCGUGCUCACGCCAUUUCUCUGUCCUCCUCUCAACUGCCUUGAGUUUUCUUCAAUUCUUUUGUCUACUAAACUUGCUUACAAAACAAACUAAACAAUUCCACCUUUCGGUUUUCCCUGAAAUUUUUAUAUUCCCAUUUCUCUACAAACUCAAAGAGAGAGAAAAUCAAAGAAAGAUUACUCCUUUAUUGAAUUUUUGAUCUGAGUUUCUUUUCUUUUUUGCAGAAUUUAUAUCAAUCGUCUAUUCACGUGCAUGUAUGAAAAUGGGCAGAUUGUUGAUGGCAUUAAGCUGCUGAUUCUAGUGCUUAUUUAUCCUGCCAACCCAUAAGGAGAAAUAUUUGCUUCCAUUAUGGGUUGGUUGAGUAAAAUUUUUGGAGGUUCCAGUCAUAGCCAUAGCCACGGAAUCUCAGAAGGGCAAUAUAAUGGACAGUAUGGCGAGGAAUCGAAUUGGGACGGUCCUACCACUUCUGGGGGUGAAUUAUCGGAUUAUGAGAAUAAUGAAGAUAUUGAUCAUGCAAUUGCACUUUCCCUUGCAGAGGAAGAGGAGAGGCAGCGGGAAAAAGAUCAAAAAGGGAAACAUGUGAUUGAUCACGAUAGUCAGCUGGAGGAAGAUGAACUACUCGCUAAGGCUCUUCAAGAAAGUUUAAACAUGGAUUCUCCAGCUCAGACACCACCCGAAACUCCUCCUCGUCUUCCUGUACAACCGCUUCCUCAACUGCCUCCACAACCAACUCCUCAUUUCCCUCCUCCAAUCGAUCGUGGAAAUAUGUGGCAGCCUUAUCCGUUCUUUUCUUAUGGAUACAGGACAUGCUCUGGUUGUGGUGCUGAAAUUGGUCAUGGACGCUAUUUGAGUUGUAUGGGAGGGUUUUGGCACCCAGAAUGCUUCCGUUGCCAUUCAUGCAAUGAGCCGAUUACUGAUUAUGAGUUCUCCAUGUCAAGGAACCGACCAUUUCAUAAAUUAUGCUACAAGGAGCAGCACCAUCCAAGGUGUGAUGUCUGCCAAAACUUUAUUCCGACAAAUGCAGCUGGACUUAUUGAAUAUCGGGCACAUCCUUUCUGGAUGCAAAAGUACUGCCCUUCCCAUGAGUAUGAUAAGACUCCGAGAUGUUGUAGUUGUGAAAGAAUGGAACCACGAGAUACAAAUUAUUUGGUACUUGAUGACGGUCGGAAGCUAUGUCUGGAGUGCUUGGACUCGGCGAUUGUGGAUACUAACGAAUGCCAGCCUCUUUAUUUAGAAAUUCAAGAAUUUUACGAAGGGUUGAACAUGAAAGUUGAGCAGCAAGUACCGUUACUCCUUGUGGAGAGGCAAGCGCUCAAUGAAGCUAUGGAAGGAGAAAAACAAGGCCAUUAUCACCUACCCGAGACAAGAGGACUCUGCCUCUCGGAAGAACAGACUGUGCGCACGAUUCUGAGAAGGCCAAGGAUUGGAGGAGGGCACAAAAUUAUGGACAUGAUAACUGAGCCGUAUAGACUGAUCCGUCGGUGCGAAGUCACAGCUAUUUUGAUUCUUUAUGGCCUUCCCAGGUUGUUGACUGGAUCGAUACUCGCCCAUGAAAUGAUGCACGCAUGGUUACGGCUUAAUGGUUACCCUAAUCUAAGACCCGAUGUUGAAGAAGGAAUAUGCCAAGUAUUAGCCCAUAUGUGGUUGGAAUCUGAAAUCGUAGCAGGUUCUAGCAGCAGUAGUGGGGCAUCAUCUUCUUCGUCAUCAUCUCCAAUGGAUCCCGGAGCAUCUUCAUCUAGCAGUAGCUCUUCGAAGAAAGGGAAAAGGUCUCCGUUCGAGAGGAAACUUGGCGACUUUUUCAAACACCAAAUCGAGUCGGAUGCUUCACCUGCCUAUGGCGAAGGAUUUCGAAUAGGUAACCAAGCCGUGAACAAGUAUGGACUGAGGAGAACACUUGAUCAUAUACGAUUAACCGGGUCGUUUCCCUGUUAAGGAUACAUAUAUACUCCAUUUUAUCGACCCUGUUAAGGAUACAUAUAUACUCCAUUUUACAUACGUAAUUCUUGCCAAUUGCCAUACAGAUAUGAAUCAGAUUAGUAUUUCUUUACUACAUGAUUUUUCGGUUUCACGGAUAUAUUUUUUGUGUGAUUAUUUUGUUGUAUACAAUUCAAAAAUCAAUUAGACGAUAUUUUGCAAAAUUAUGUACUAUUUGUGUAUCAUUAUAACAAAAGGUACGAAAAUACGCAUAUUAAUCGAUAUUUUUCUUCCUUUCA